ACACAGCAUAUGUGAGGGUUUUCAUCAGCGACGUCAACGACAACAAACCUCUCUUUGCUCAGCGACUGUAUGAAGUCGGCGUCGAUGAGAAUGCAGAUGUGGGCCUGACUGUUGUCGCCGUUAGUGCUAAUGACGAAGAUGAAGGGGCCAACGCCAAGCUGCGCUACCAGAUAACGUCCGGCAACAAAGGUGGCGUUUUUGACAUUGAGCCAGAGGUGGGGACGAUUUUUAUUGCACAACCACUGGACUAUGAGCAGCAGAAGAGAUACAAGCUACUGGUCCUAGCGUCCGACGGGAAGUGGGAAGACUAUGCCGCUGUGGUGGUCACUGUGGUGAAUAAGAAUGAUGAGGCACCGGUGUUCUCCAUGAAUGAGUACUAUGGAUCUGUCACAGAGGAGCUUGACGGGUCACCAGUGUUUGUACUACAGGUGACAGCCACUGACCCAGACAAAGAUGCAGACCAGGGCGCCAUACGGUAUUCCAUUCAUGGCCAAGGGGCAGAGUCACACUUCAUGAUCAACGACAUCACGGGGGAAAUGUAUGCCCAGCGCACCAUGGACCGAGAGGAGCGUGCCGUCUGGCGCUUUGUUGUCAUGGCAACAGACGAAGAGGGUGAGGGACUUACCGGCUUUACGGAUGUGAUUAUUAAUGUGUGGGACAUCAAUGACAAUGCCCCCACUUUCUCCUGUGCCCCGGAUAAUUGCCAUAGUAGUGUGGCGGAGAACUCCCCCCCUGGGGCGUUUGUUGUGGAAAUGACAGCGAUAGACCUUGACGAUGCAGCCGUAGGUCAGAACGCAAUCCUCACCUACAGGAUUAUUGAGAAUGCGCACAACACGAAAAAUGUCGACCUCUUCACUAUUGAUUCUAGCACUGGCACCAUAUCUGUAGCAGCAGAGGGUCUGGACCGGGAGUUUACUGAAAACCACCGGCUCGUUGUCGAGGCCCGGGACGGUGGGGGCAUGACGGGUACAGCUACUGCCACUAUAAUCAUAACAGAUAUCAAUGACCACGUCCCAAAGUUUAGAGAGGACUGGUGCGGCGCUCGUGUGCCAGAGAGCACUAAAGAGGACGCUCCAAUUCUGGAGUUGAGCGCCGUGGACCCGGAUGCUGGCAUGUAUGGACAGCUGACCUUUAGCGUGGUGGCUGGAGACCCAGAGCAACAGUACUACAUGGUCAGCCACAGACUGGACCAGACAGGGACUCUGAGACUGAAGCAGAAGCUGGACUUUGAGAAGCCUGGGAAGCAGCGGUUCAACCUCACGAUUAAAGUGGAGGACUCUGAAUUCUCCAGCCUCAUCCACUGUCUGGUGCAAGUGGAGGAUGAGAAUGAUAACGUCCCUGUGUUUGACCCGAGUUCCCACCUGCUCACUCCUUUGUCCGAGGACACAAGUGUAGGAACCAGUGUAAUUCAGGUUGUGGCCACUGACAAUGACUCGGGUCUGAACGGGGACAUUUUGUACAGCAUUCACCCCGACUCUGACCCAUAUGGACAUUUUUCAGUCAGUCGAGCCGGAGUGGUCACAGUCGCCAGGCCUUUGGAUAGGGAGACAGUGGCAGGUUAUGAACUUGUCAUCAUGGCGACAGACCAGGGUUCCCCGGCACUGACUGGCAGUGUCACAGUCCACCUGCCGCUGUUAGACAUGAACGACAACGGGCCGGAGCUGGAGAUGGUCUACGCCCCCGUGUUGUGGGAGAACAGUCCACCACCUCAAGUGGUCUGGCUAAACGCGAGCUCAACUCUGCUCUAUGUCCUGGACAGGGACUCGCCAGAGCACGGGCCUCCGUUCUACCUCUCCCUACCCCCUCUUUACUCUACCGACUUCCACCUGCAGGAUCACGGGAACAGCUCAGCCACACUCACUGCCCUGCGGCGAUUCGACAGGGAGAGGCAGAGUGAGUUCCACCUGCCAUUGAUUAUGAUAGACAGCGGAGAUCCACCAAUGACGGCAACGAACACGCUCACAAUCACCAUCGGUGACCAGAAUGACAAUGCCCAUCAGGCUGGAGAGAAAGAUGUCUAUGUGUACGGCCGCAAGGGAAGGAUGACAAAUGCAGCACUGGGGAAGGUGUAUGCCCCAGAUCCUGAUGACUGGGACAACAAGACCUACACUCUGGAGACAAGCGCAGCCAAAUACUUCAGCCUGAACCAGAGCACGGGCGUGCUGACCAUCCGACAGAACACUCCAGUGGGCAGCUACUGGCUGCGGGUCGGGGUGUCCGAUGGGGUGUGGCCCGACGUGAUGUCAGGCGUCAGAGUGCAUGUCAGGGAGCUGGAGGAAAAGGCCAUCCUGUCGUCCGCCUCGCUGCGUUUGACAGGCAUCACGGUGAGAGAUUUCAUCGAAUCUCGCGUCGAGGGCAAGAGUCGGCUCGAGAUGUUGUGGGACUUCCUGUCUGGAAACCUGCCCGUCAGAUCGGGGAGCAUCAACAUUUUCAGCAUGGAAGACAGAGAGGACAGAACGGUGGACAUUCAUUUCUACGUGCUAACUGAUAAUGGUUACCUGCGCCCAGAAAAGCUGCACGCUGUCCUCGCUGCACAUAAAAAGAAGCUGCAGUCCAUGCUGCGUGUGAGCGUAAACCAGGUGCAGGUGGACGAGUGUGUGCGCACAGACUGCAAGACAUCCGGCGGCUGCUCCACACAGCUGAGCAUCAGUGACUCGCCCACCCUGGUAGACUCAGGUGCCUUUUCCCUCGUCUCGGUGAAGGUGACGUCCUCAGCUGUCUGUGGCUGCGCUGCCAGGGAGAUGACCCACCAGCCCUGCUCCUCCUACCCGAGUAACCCCUGCCUCAAUGGGGGGACCUGCGUCGACACCCAGAAUGGAUACAGGUGUCACUGCCCCCCACAGCUUGAGGGUCCAGACUGUCAGCAGACGAGACUCAGUUUCCUUGGUGACGGCUAUGCCUGGUUUCCCCCCAUAAGGCCUUGUUUUGAUAGCCAUCUCUCACUGGAGUUUAUGACGGAGGAGGACGACGGGCUGCUGCUGUAUGCUGGGCCAGUAGCCACUCUCAUGCCUGGGGAUGCUGAGGACUAUAUGGCCAUAGAGCUGAUUGGUGGGACACCCAGUCUGAAAAUGAAUCACGGCUCUGAGACCCUGGUGCUCCAGUUAACGAAUAACGUCGGUGUGGCGGACAGGCGCUGGCAUCGCCUUGACGUGAGGAGCAACAGUAAAGAAGUGCGCUUCACUCUCGAUCGAUGUUCCACUGCCAUUGUCAUGGAGACUGAAGGCGUGGACUCAUGGACGAUGACAGAGGACCGCUCGUCCUGUGAAAUCCGAGGGGUCACGCCCAACAGGGACAAGUACUUGAAUGGGAGCCAUGUAUUGCAACUCGGAGGGGUCAGCAGGAACAUAUCAUAUGAAUACCCGCAGCUGCAUCACAAACACUAUACCGGCUGUAUAAGGAACCUGCUCGUGGACAGCAAGCUGUACGACCUUGGCUCCCCAGCUGAAUCCUCGAACACUGUGCCAGGCUGCUCUCUUAUUGAUGACCAAUGCACCAACAUGGAGCAGCCUCCCUCCUGUGGCAAGAGGGGUCGCUGUCACAGCAAGUGGGGCUCCUUCAGCUGCCUCUGUGAGCAGGGGUUUACGGGGCCACUGUGUGAUCAAGUGGCUCCAGAGUUUUCCUUUGACGGCCGCAGCCACAUCCAGUUCCAGCUCUCCUGGUCCCUGCCCGCACGCCAGACCAGGGUCCAGGUCGGGGUCCGGACACGUGCCGGCGCCGGUGUCAUCCUCAGUCUAUUCUCCCAGGAGCAGAAUGAAUACCUUCGUUUAGAGGUUAUUCAGGGUCUCCUGGCUGUUUUCUACAACCUUGGGGAUGGCGACUACAAUAUCACGCUGCCCUACCAUCGCCUUGACGACGGAGAGUGGCACGACGUGACGCUGGAUCGGUACGGCAGAGAGUUCACCCUGCAACUGGAUGGAGGCGGAGGACGGCGAGAGGUUGGAGUCUCACCUGGGCGGAGUCAGGAAAUCAUUAUCGACCCCUCGGCGGUGAUGAUUGGAAACUCUUUUCCCUCAGGACACAACCGGAGCUUCCUCGGCUGUUUGCGAGAUGUAAGAUUCAACGGCCGUUUCCUCUCCCUGGACAGAGAGCAGCCUUCAGAAGGGCUUCAGGUGGUCACCUCGCAGGGCGUCUCUGUCGGCUGUUCUUCAGACGCCUGCAGGAAACAUCACUGCUCCGCUCCCCUGGUCUGCGUGGACCUCUGGAGACACCACGAGUGCAGGUGUCCUCCAGGCCACCUCACCAAAGAGAGCUCCUUGGGCAAAGUAUGCGUCUACACCCUGUGCGCCAGCCGGCCUUGUCGCCACGGCACCUGUGUGGCUCACUCCCCGUCCCGCUACUCGUGCCACUGCAGCGAGGGCUACCGGGGGCGUCACUGCGAGGUGACGCUCGCCAUGUUCCACGAGGACGGCAACAGCCUCAGCCUCAGCUCCAUGUUCGCCAUCAGCAUCUGUGUCAUGGCCUUUCUAGUGUUGAUGCUGGGCCUGUUUCUCUACUCCUGCUGGAGGAGGCACAAGGGCCUGAAGGAGGGCGUGUAUCAUGUGUCGGCGCACCACGGCGAGUGGGAGGACAUCCGGGAGAACGUGCUCAACUACGACGAGGAGGGAGGAGGCGAGCAGGACCAGAACGCCUUCAACAUGGUGGAGCUGCAGCGCUCCCUCCAGCCCAGCCCGGCCCAGUCCCUGCGUUACAGCUACCCACACAGCAUCAUUUCCUACCCGCAGACCAAGCUUCCCCAGGACAACAACAAGAAGGAGGUGUCCAACGGCAGCGCAGCCAUCGCCCUGCGCCUCGCCAUCCCCCACUCAGAGACCGAAACCCUGCCGUCACCUCUGACCUUCCGCCGCUCCCACAAAACCCUCUCCUUCUCCAGCCAGGACUUGGCCCGCUACCUGUGCGAGGUCAUCAGGGACAUGGAGCACCCGGGGGAGCUGGGCACCAUGACCACGCCGCGCCGGCCCUCAGGAAAGGAGCGCGGCGUGGCGGCCGUGCGCUCCCUCAGCUCCCUCAGUGCAUCUCAGGGUUCAGAGGUCAAGCUCCAGGGGGGCCAGGGCGGCCGGCUGGACAGGUUCAAAACCCUCCGAGCUGUGGUGUGCGAUUUGAGAGGAGACCCCAAGGCUCCGGAGGGCCAGAGAGACAAAGUGAAGGAGAGCAGAGGGCAGCUGAACUGUGAGAAGAGCGGCUGAGGCUGCACUCGCAAGGAACUGAGCUGAAGGUUGCAGAAAAGCAGCGCUAAUCAGAAGGUGAUGGUGGAAUCCCAAAGGGAGAUCAUUAAAUGUGAAAUACUCUGAGACUGGGAGGUCGCCCAGGGUGUAUGUGAAGUUUGCUAUAAAUGUACUGUAUUGAUGAAACUCUGAACACUUACGUUCUUUGAUAUAAAAGAUGUUUACCAAUGAAUGAUCAGAUGUGAUGUAUUGUUUACUUGGCAUUGCACUGUACAGUAUAUAAUCCACCAGGAAGCACUUUUUGGAGGCGCCGUGUGUCAAAACUUCUCAUGUCAUGAAAACUCAUAAGAGCGAUGUCUGCAAGA